GUACAAUAAGAUGAUUUAUUGUAAUAAAGAAUGUUAGUUCUGAAGCUGGAAUUCCGAAUUCUGAAAGCCAAAUAUAAAAAUAUUUGUAUUGGUUCAUAUAUAUUUUUUAAUAUUUUAACCCGUUUUCAACAAUGAGCAAUGUUGGUUAUUUAAAUAUUGAUCAGCCUCCCCUUAGCUUUGAAAAAUUACCCGAAAGUGAUGGUGAGCACAGAAAACGGCUGGAGAUUGAAGGAUUAAUUGAAAAAAGCAUCGACAAAAAUCUUGCCCUGGAUGUGCUUGUGAAGUUAUCUCUGUCGCCCUACGGAUUGGUUAAUGACCAUUUACGAAAAAUUUUGUGGCCGCAGUUAGCAGGUUGCGACGUAAACAGUCUAGAACGGGCUCCAACUCUUGAUGAGUUACAAUACCAUCCUGAAUACAAUCAGGUGGUCUUGGAUGUAAAUCGGUCUUUAAAGCGAUUUCCACCUGGCAUUCCGUAUGAACAACGUAUUGCACUGCAAGACCAACUUACAGUUCUUAUUUUACGGGUUAUCCAAAAAUAUCCUAAUUUGCGGUACUAUCAAGGCUAUCACGAUGUGGCUGUCACAUUUUUGUUGGUGGCUGGCGAAGAAAUCGCUUUUGCCAUAAUGGAGCAGCUUUCCACAUCGCAUUUUUCCGAAUGUAUGCAAGAGACAAUGGAGGCCACGCAAAGGCGCCUUAUGUUUAUUUGGCCUGUCAUAAAGUUUGAAAAUCCAGAACUUUAUAACUUUUUGCAAAACUCAACGGUAGGAACUUUGUUUGCGUUGCCAUGGUAUUUGACUUGGUUUGGGCAUAGUCUAAACUCCUACAAGUCUGUAGUACGUUUAUAUGACUAUUUCUUAGCAUCGCCGAUUUAUACACCCAUAUUUGUGACAGCUGCAAUUUUACUUUAUCGCUCAAAUGAAAUACUAAAGGAGGACUGUGAUAUGGCAUCAGUUCAUUGUCUUUUAUCCACGCUGCCAGAAGAUUUACCGUUUGAAAAGCUUUUAAAAACUUCUAGCAUGCUUGUUAAGAAGUAUAGCUUAUUAGUUAUAGAAAAAGAUGUUGAAGAGCUUAUUUGCCAAGAAAGAAAGCAACGCCAAGCCGAGGAAAAUAUGAUCAUGAAACGUCGAAGAAAGAUGUCAAGACCAGCAAAUGCAAAUCGAAUUUUUAGCAUAAAUCCAUGGCUUACAAAUAUAUUAACUUCAAAGUCAGUUCUAUUCACGACUGCUUUUUCUGUUGUAGUAGGUCUUUGCGCGUAUUAUUACAAGAAUCAGUAUCUGGCGGCAGGUAUUAGCUGAUUAUUAACAGCUUGUCUUCAUUUAAAUAUGUUUUAUAUAUCGCGAUUUGAACGAAUUCUCCCCAAAAUGAGUUGUAUGGUAGAGGUUCCUUUCUAUUAAAUUACAAUUUUAAUAAUACGAAAUAUUUAUUACAUAUUUAAUAAAUUUUAAUGUUUUUUAUAAAAAUGUGUACAACUUGUAUAUGUAUUAAAGUUUUCUGAUUAAAGCAUCCCUGCAGUUCCAAAAUCAA